CUGCCUCACUAUAAAAGUUGGAUGCUUCGUUCUCGAUCGGCACAUCAAGCGAACAAGGAUCAAGUUUCAUCAUGGUGCAGAAUGUAGCCAUUAUCGGGGCCGGGCCCUGUGGUCUGGCGUGUAUAAAGGCUUGUCUGGACGAGGGACUGGUGCCAACCUGCUUUGAAAGCAGCGAUGACUUGGGAGGAUUGUGGAAGUUUAAGGAAGUGUCAGAACCAGACCGAGCGAGUAUCUAUCGCUCCCUCACCAUCAACAUUUCCAAAGAGAUGAUGUGCUACAGUGACUUCCCCAUCCCUGCUGAUUACCCCAACUACAUGCACCACUCUAAAAUCCUGAAAUACUUCAGGAUGUACGCUGAGCACUUCAAACUGCUGAAACACAUCCACUACCAGACCAUGGUUAAGAGUGUCAGACAGAGACCAGACUUUUCCCGCAGUGGUCAGUGGGACGUGGUCACUGAGAACAAAGAUGGACAGAUGGAGCGUCAUGUGUUUGAUGCAGUUAUCAGCUGCACCGGUCACUACACAUAUCCCAACCUGCCACUCAAAGAUUUCCCAGGAAUUGAGACGUUUGAGGGAAAAUACUUCCACAGCUGGGAUUACAAGGGAGCAGAAGAAAUGCACGGGAAGAGAGUGGUGGUCAUUGGCAUCGGUAACUCGGGAGGCGACAUUGCUGUGGAGAGCAGCAGAGUCGCUGAGCAGGUGUACAUGAGCACUCGCCGCGGUGCUUGGGUCAUCCGUCAGGUCUCUGACAACGGCCUGCCGGUGGACGUCAAGUACAACACACGUUUUGUCCACAUCUUGUUCCAGCUGCUGCCAAUCAACGUCCUCAACUGGAUCGGCGAGAAUAAACUCAACGCUAUGUACGACCACACCAUGUACGCUCUCAAGCCCACACACAGGCUCUUCAGUCAGAUCCCAGUGAUCAACGACGACCUGCCUCUCAAGAUUCUGUCUGGAGCAGUUAUUAUCAAACCAAAUGUGAAGGAGAUUCGUGGCUCCACUGUGGUGUUUACGGAUGGCAGUUUUGUAGAAAAGGUGGAUACGAUUGUGUUCGCCACAGGAUACAACUAUGAUUUUCCCUGCUUGCCAAGCGAUGCCUUGUACAAGUCAGGGCACCGUGUGGGUCUGUACAAGCACGUGUUUCCCCCUAACUUGGAGCAUACGACUCUGGCUAUUGUGGGUUUCAUCCAUGCCCUUGGAGCCAUUAUGCCACAGGGUGAAAUGCAAAGCCGCUGGGUGACUCGCGUCUUUAAAGGAAAGUGUAAGCUGCCCUCAAACCAGGCCAUGAUCAAGGCUGUUGAGAAGGACACCAGGGACAUUGAGAAGAACUACAUUGUGUCAAAGCUGACUCCACUGCAGGUGGACUUUGUUUCCUACAUGGACGACAUCGCUGGAGAGGUUGGAGUGCGACCAAGUCUCCUCUGGCUCCUGUUCACUGACUACCCUCUGUUUAAGAGGGUUUUGUGGGGACCUGUCACAGCCUACCAGUACCGCCUGAUGGGGCCCGGGAAAUGGGACGGAGCCCGCAGAGCAAUCUUCACACAGUUCGACCGCGUGUACCAGGCCCUAAAAACCAGAAAGAUGGAGGAGAAAGAGCCCUCCACUGCUGGACGCCUGUUGAAGACGAGCCUGUUCCUGAUGACCGGAGGAGCUGCCGCCUACUACGUCCACCUGCACCACCCGACUGCCAUGGAGACCCUGCUGAGCAAGAUUCGUCCUCAAACAGUCUGAGCGUCCUACACAGUAGACAGAAAUGCUGAGACGCAGAGAGGAAAUAUUAUACUUUUCAUUUUUGUAUUUCUGCAAAUGAACAUGGAGACAAUAUCUGUGUAGCUAAACAGGUUCAACAAAAAGGCCACGAUUCGUACAGCUGUCUUGAUUUUCUGCUUAUUUUCUUCUCCUUCGCCGUCGACAUCAAUAAAUCAUAAGACACCGUGAAAACUAUAAAUACAAACAUAAAAGUCCAUAUGAGUCCAUUGAGGCUUAUUUUAACAAACCAAAAAUUAAAUACAUAUGACAAUUAAUAUAAGUAUUACCGUGUGCACCUCUUGAACACAGUGCAGAAAACUUACGAAAUCUUAACCUCUUGUCUCCAUGACAGUGUUCCCGCUUCUGACCCACAAUCCCUCAGUUUAACCUCAAACUGACCCCAGUCAUGUGAGCAUGCACUUCAAAAUAAAAUGACCUUACUUCAAGGUAUUUAAGUGACAUUAAAAUUAUUAUACAGACAUAAUUUAAUUCACUUAUGCAUAAAUGUACAGCCCUUUUUGUCUCCUAUUUAUUAAUGUUAACACUUAAAGAACUCCAGUUUAUAACAAUGAAAUCUGUCUCAAAGAUUGAUUGAAGCCUUUUAUGGGUUAAACCUUGUAUUUGUAUAUUACUCAAAUGCAACAGUAACUUCCAGCAGUAGUUAAAUAAACCACUUGUUACAGCAAAGGUUUGCAGAAGGCCAUUCAUAAACGCACAGAUCCUAAAAACCUCAAAGCAGAAGUCCACACCAGGUGACACUCCUUCCACUUAGUUAGGCGUUGUGUUUGUACCUAAUAAAGUGGAAUGUGUGUACAUUUCAAAAGUUGAACACAGCUCCAAAAUGUUCUGUUUUAAUGUUUAAUGUUUGAGGUCAACGUUGCCAUUUUGCAUCAGUAAUGAUUGUGGCACCAGACUUUGUCAUAAACCUAAUGUUUUCCUCUGUUAUUGACUUAUAUUGACCUAAAGCACGUGAUCAAAUAACCAAAUAAAAAUAUACCAUACAGCA